AUGGCCUAUAUAAGUUGCUUUGGAGGAUCACUACGUCCAGGCAAUUCCAAUGGACGAACUGAAGGAGUGCAGGUACCUGCUGCCGAUGGCCUGCAAGGUGCAUCAACAGAUGGAGGAACAGAAGGAGUGCAAGCAGAUGCUGCCAAUGGCCAGCAAGGUGUGUCAACACAUGGAGGUUCCAAUAAUAACAAACGGAGGUUCUACUCGGACGACUUAAAGAUCGCCAUAUAUCUAGAGCUUUUGGCAAAAACUGAUCCUCCUAUUCUACGCCGCGGGGUUUCAAAGGGAGUUGCACGAGAAUUUGAUGUGCCUCUAAGAGUUGUGCAGUCCAUUUGGAAAAAUGGACAAACUGGUGGAAUAAAUGGUGUUGUGAACAAAUAG